GCGCGCAAGCCUGUUGAGUUUUCCUGUGUAGUGUCUCGGAGGGCCACCCCGGCAUAUUGGUGCCAUGGACCCGUUCCUGGUGCUGCUGCAUUCGCUGUCCGGCAGCCUGUCGAACAGCGAUCUGAUGGAACUAAAGUUCCUUUGCCGCGGGCGCGUGGGCAAACGAAAGCUGGAGCGCGUGCAGAGUGGCCUGGACCUGUUCUCGGUGCUGCUGGAGCAGAACGACCUGGAGCGCACGCGCACUGGGCUGCUGCGCGAGUUGCUGGUCUCGUUGCGGAGACACGACCUACUGCAACGCCUGGACGACUUCGAGGCGGGGGUGGCGGCCUCUGCCGCGCCGGGGGAGGCAGAUCUGCGGGUGGCAUUUGACAUCGUGUGUGACAAUGUGGGGAGAGACUGGAAGAGACUGGCCCGCUUUCUAAACUUGUCUGAGGUCAAGAUUGAUGGGAUUGAGGAGAGAUACCCCCGAAGCCUGAACGAGCAAGUAAGGGAGACUCUGAGGGUCUGGAGGAAUACCGAGAGGGAGAAAGCCACGGUGGCUGGGCUGGUAAGGGCGCUGCGGGCCUGCCAGCUGAACCUGGUGGCUGACCUGGUAGAAGAAGCACCGCAGGUCCGGGGAUCUGUGAGUGGGAGCGAGGAUGUGUCCUCGAUGCUAUGGGACUCAAUGGUGUUUUCCUCAGAAGCACCCUGACAAGCCUGCGGCUCCUCUGAGGAGUCACUGUGGACCUGAUACACCAUGAUGUAGCACCAAGUGCCUUUUGUGCUCAGUUCCAAGAAGACCUCACUGAUCCAGGCUGGAGGCCCUUCUCACUCAGCUUGAACCAGCUCCUGAAGUAAAGCUUUAUCUCUAGAGCCUCUGCUCCCUGGGCUUUGAGGACACAUGACGGUUCCCCUUAUUGUUCUCCUUCCCCUGAGGUCCCUGAUAUUACAAGGAGGAAGUUGGAACUAAUGGCACAUUUUCUACAGUUUGAGAGACUUCCUAUUGCUCCUUGGGGGAAGACACCAACUCAGUUCAGAGCCCUUGGCUGUCCCCACGGUUGGCCAAGAGGACAUCUGUCCCAUUUCCUUGGAGGCCAUCAGAGAGCAGCUCCUGACCACUAAACAAGUGGUACUUUCAGGAGCCUAGCACCUCAGCUCCUGCAAGGACUGACUGUAGAGGUCACUGUCUACCAAAAUCGCUGCUUCUGUGAGGGACUGUGGUUUAAAGGGCAGCACCUCUGCUUCCACCGUGGUCUUUAAACAAGUGCCCUCUGCCUGCAUGUAGUGGCUCAGUCUGAAAUCCCAGCACUUGAGAGUUGAGAACUGCUGUGCUGCACAGCAUCAGGCUGCAAAUGAGACCACGUGAAAACAAAGCAGGUGCCAUCACCUGGAGAUAACCUGUGUCACCAAGAACAGCCAUUACGUUAAGGACCCUUCUUAGAAGGGUCAGCAGGUCUUAAUAGCCUUACAGCCCUAGGUGCUAGUUGUAAAAGGGUGCUGGGAUUUCCUGGUUUGCUUUACACCAGCAGGGGGCCUCAACGACCACAGUGGGCAGCCAAAUACACUGUGCCUUGUCCCAGCUUUCCAACCUACAGCCGGGCAUAGAUAUGCAUACCUUUGAUCUUAGCACACAGGGAGGUAGAAGCAGGUAGAUCUCUCUGAUCUGUGAGUUUGAGGCCAGCCUAGCCUACAUAGCAAGCUACAGGCCAGCUGAGACUACCUAUCUCAAAUAAAAGUUUGUAUCUCGAGAAGAGGAUCCUAGUCACAGGGUUUACCUGACAAAAUGAAGAGCUGCUUGGGGCCUGUGCUCAAACAUUGAUCAACAUUUCCUGGCCCUGAGGUUCUGUACCCUUCAUUUCCUUCCCUCUGCUCUACCUACCCCACCAGACAGCUGACCCAUCAGCAUACUUGGUCCCUUGGCCCCUGCAUUCCUUGGGUUGCACCCUCCCCGGCCUCAAAGCUUUCAUGCUUUUCAGCCCAGCACCUAUCCAUCUGGCUCUUCUGCCUUGUUCAAACUCUUGGCUAUUGAGGCCUCCUGACCACUCUGGGGACUCACCUUGUUUCUUUGACCCCAUGUCCCACCUGGCUGCAGCUACAAUGCUCUUAUCCUGGGGGCCCAGAAUAGGUGUAAGCCUGUCCGAGGUCUGGUGGGCAUUUGCUGUGGUCCUCUCUAGGAACUCUCCCUCCUUUCCCUCCCGUUUUGGGUGAUUUUGGUUUGCUUUCAGAUGGUUUCAUGUAAUCCAGAUACAACCUAGGUUGGCCUCAGGCUCUCAGUGUAACCGAAGUGACCUUGAGCCCCUUUCUGAUCAUCUUGCCUCUGCUUCACAAGGUUGUGAUCACAGGUGUGGCAACCUCAGCCAGGCCCACCCAGUAGCCCACACUCUCCUGUAGGAAGCCUGGGCAACUCUGCUAUGACUCUUGCUGGUGCCUUUCAAGUAUCCUGUGUCAAGUCAUAGGUCGACGGGACUUAGAUGUCCCAUUUUUUAGUGCAGUUCAGCUAUCCAGAAUGGCUCUCCAGAAUGUUCCAUGGCUUUUAGAGCCCCUUCAUCGUGUCACUUGCUGCAUUCCUUUCUUCGAGUAACAGUUUAGUAUUAGGCCUCAGAGUUGCUGCUUUUGGGCCACCAGAGAAAUUUAAUCCCUUUAUACAGAGUUCCUUCAGCCAUGUUGGGGGAUUAAAACAUGGGCAUCAUCAGAGUCUGCACCCCACAAAACUCUCCAACUUGUGCCCAGUUUUGCCCUGGACACCUCAGCGCAAAUACCCUGUCCCUCUCCUAAUAAUGGCCAUUCAAAACCCUGCACCUCACAGGUGACUCCUUGUCCACUUUGCCUGCCCUUCCUUCCUCAGCUUCCAUCAGGGCUUUGGCUCCUGCCCAUCCCCCACGAGGGGCUGGAACCACAGACCCGCCUGUUCCUAGAAGCCAGCAGCCCUGCAUAUUUUUAGCUUCCUAUUUUUGAAUUCUGUAAUCAUUUCUGAGUCAUUCAGCUGACUGCCUUCUGGUCACAAGGUCCCAGUGUGGACUGUUUCAAACCAGACUGGAACGUGAUGUGAUGGAAUGUGUGACGUUUCCACCAGGGACCAUGGCCCUCCAGGAGCUGAUGCAAAGGCGGUACUGGUUUACUGGAAGAUGUGGGCUAAGAAGCCCACAGAAUCUUGAGUCAUGUGCUGAGUGGAAGCUGGCCUGAGGGAUAUCUGCCAGCCAUGGGACUCAUCAUCACCAAGGCUUUGCCGAGCCAAGGCUAAGCAACAGGACUGGAGGCAUUUUUAGUGUGGCUAGAAUAGGACAGUAUGGAGGCCAGCCUGAGUGGGAGAUGAGGUAUAGUCCCUGUUGAUCAAAAUAAGGUGAAAAGGCUGGCUCACACCUGUAGUCUCAACACUGGAGGCUGAGGCAGGAGAAUCGCUGUAUUUUAAGACCAUCCUGGGCUAAACAGACUACCUCAAACAAAAAGGCAAGUGUGUUGUGUUUUACAGACCUGUUAUCUCAACUUGUGGGAGGAUCAGUUCAAGGCAGUGUCUGUUACUGAGUCCAAAUCCAGUCUAAACCACAUGAGACCCUGUCUCAACAACAACCCACUGCCAAAAAUAGCACACUACAUAUUUAGGUAGGAACAGGACUCCUGUAGAGAGUAGAAGGUAGUUCCUGUGCUUACUGGUGACUGCAGCCGGUCAACACCAACACCUCAAGUCCCUGAAUUUAGUGAUAGGUGUAGUUAGAUGGGCCUGUUGUGUGUUUUCCCAAGUAAUUGUUGCACACCUAAAUGCAUUGCCAAUUCGAGUUCUACUUGGCAGGCUUCUUGUUUAUUGGUGGUCACCGGAGACGACUCUGUCCUGUUUUGCAUGUGGCAGAGCUCUGCUGUUAGUGAAAGCCUGGGAAAGUGGCACUUUUUCCAAUGGGUCUCCUGGCUGGAGGCAUCAGGACACAGCCAGUGCCCUCAGAUGAGGUCAUCACACAUCUAUCACAUUCUUGCCCCAUACUCAGAGCUAAGACCCAGCUCAUACACCUGAUGACAGCCAGCUCAACCUAGACCCUGGCUGGCCUUGUCCCUACCAUCCUUGUGGCCUUGAAGGGUCAAUUCAAGCCCAUCCCAGUAGCUUCUAAGUAAAGUCUUCCCUUCCUCUGAGUUUGCACAGCGGCAGUGAAAGGCACAUACAAAGAUGCUGAGGUUUCUUUUCACCAGAAGGUCAACUUGAGCAGGGACACCGAGGCCAAGCGUGUCCAAUGGUACUGUGCCCAUCCAUGAUUCCCCUACAGUCCUGGCCUGGGACCCUAGGGAGAUUCUCCCCACUUGCCAAAUUACUCAAGCCUCCUGGGGAUGGAAUUCCCCAAGCAAAUUAAUUGUUGCUUGCACAUACUCAAUGCUUUAACAAGUCCCUAGACCUUAGCACAACUGAGGCCAUGAUGGAGUGCUAUUCAGGACAUAAAACUCAGGACAUAAACAGUACCACCUGGCAAAAUGGAAACAAAGACACAAUCCAUCAAAGUCCAUAGUUCUUGGAAAGUUUCUAAAUGCACUAACCUUGCUUUUUGGCAUCUGUAGUUCCACUUCUGACUAACUGUUCUUGUUAAGUGAAGUAUGUCAACCCAGGAUAGAUGUUUUUGUGCUUAAAAGCUCACCCUAAAAAGGCUCAGAGCUACUCUGGGAUCCCAAACACCCAGUGUAGUCACUGGAAGGGUAUUAAAGACUUUCUGUUGGCAUAAA